AUGAAAACUACAUUGCUAUUAGUAUUGGUUGUUUGUAUUUUUACUACAAAUACAGCUAUGUUUGAUAAAAUUGAAAGUAGUGAUUUAGGUAGAACACUUUUAAAUACAAUUGCUAUUUAAAUGACAACUGGUGAACCAUUAAAGAAUUUUUUAAACACUUUAUGAUUUGGAAGAUAGAUAUAUCGCUGACUAAAAAGAAGAUGAUACUAAUAAUUAAGCUUUCUAAUAAGUAUGUGAUGCAGAUUUAGCUGCUUUAAACUAAGAACUUGCUAAUCUUGAAUAAAGAAAUACAGAAUUAUAAGCUGUUCUUGAUGAUCUGAUCCCAAUUAGAGAUUAAAAGAUUGGAUAAAAGAAAGCAAAAGAACUCUAAAAGGCUGAAUUAUAAAAAGUUAUAGAUGAAACAACAGCUAAAAGAUAAGAAUAAGCUGAAGAUUUUGAAGCUUAAAGAUAAGAAUAUACAUUUGUUUCAUCAGUAUUGGCUGAAGCAAGAAGACUCUUCACAGAUAAUUUAUAAGCUCCAUCUUUCUUAUAAAAAGGUGAAGAAAAGGUUCAUAUAACUCCAUAAAUCAUGGCUUAAGUUGCUAGUCAUAUGAGUUAAGGUGCACAUAAAGCCAGUACAAUGAGACAUGUUAGAACAUUUGGAAAAGCUAUAAAAUUGUUAGCAAAUCUUGCAAACAGAACUCAAUAAUUUGCUAACUAAGAAUUAACAGGCAGAGUUAUUAAAUUAAUAGAUGAUCUUUAAAAUUAAUUAAGUUAAGCUUUUGAUUUAGCCAGAAAAGCUGAAGAUGAUAGAACCAGAGCUUUCUAAGCAUAUAUGGGUUUAUUAAACAAAGACAUGAAUAAAUACAAUUCAUCAAUUGCUAAUUUAACAGCUGAAAUUUAAUCACUCUAAGACAGAAUUGAUGCUACUACUUCAAGUUAAAAUGAUGUUCUAUUAAGAAUUUAAGCUAAGACUCAAUAAAGAGAUGAUAGAAGAGGAGAAUGUUAAGAAUCUGCUUAUGAUUACUAAUAAAGAAGAUCAGCAAGAGAUAAGGAUAGAUAAACAGUUAGUGAUUUGAUUGGUAUUUUGAAUUCCAACAUGAGAGAUCUUAAAGAAUACAUUGCUUUAAGAAUUGCUGCUGGUGAUAAGAACCUUGAAUGA